GGCGUCGGAGGGUAAUACAGUUGGCACAACACUGGAACCCGAUAUGCUCGUCUGUGACCACAAGCCUUGCCCGCUGUGUCUGUGUAAACUACUGCUUGAGAAUGGAUGUACUGGCUGUUCCGACAGACAGGCAGAAAGGUUGGUAUUUGUCUCUAAUGGCCCCCAACACCAAAGGACCAACGUUUGCCUGGCUUGACCCUUCCAGACUCUACUGCAACUCCCAGGCUCUAGCAGACUGUGUGAAAGACCUUCUCAGCCCCUUCCAGAAUGACAGUGUGGACCUGGUAGCUGGCAUAGAUGCAAUGGGAUUUAUUCUUGGGGCCUCUGUGGCCACCACUCUGGGGAAGGGGUUCCUGGCCAUCCGUAAGGCCGGCCACCUCUGCAUAGCAACCCAGAGCCAGCAAUACACUGACUACUCAUGCCGGGAAAAAAACAUGGAAGUACGCCUUGAUGUGCUCAAGCCAGGUCUCAAAGUGUUAUUAGUGGACCAGUGGAUAGAGACCGGAGGCACGAUGAAGGCGGCCAUUCAACUCGUGGAGCAGCUGGGAGCCAUCGUUGUAGGUGUGGCUGCAGUCGCAAUUGAGAACACAGAAGGAGGAAAAUGGAUAAAGAAACAUUACAAACACGCCCAUUGCAUCCCAGAGAAACUCCAAGAACAAAUUGAUCGCCAACACCUUGAGUUGUUAAGAGUUGAAAACACGCCAAUUACUCUCACAUAUUAGGAAGAAUAAGACAGAGAUCAUUUUUACGUCAAUUUAAGACAGGCAAAAUUUGUUCAAUAUUUGUAAAAUAUGUUCAUUGUACUCAUGUAAAAAAAAACAUAUUGAUUAAACAAUAUG